AUGGACGAGAACAACAUCGUCGAAGACAAUCGGGACGAAGCCAGCCGUGACGAAGCCAGCCGUGACGAAACCAACCGCGAUGAAGCCAACCGCGACCAAGCCAACCGGGAGGAACACAACAGGGACGAAGCCAACAAAGGCGCCAAACGCAAGCGCGCUCAGUCCCCUAACAACACGACCACCGAAUCCCCCGCCACCGGCCACAAAACACGAUCGGAGUGGCCCGUUCAGACAAAGGGAGAGGUGAUCGGACUCGUCAAGGGCGGGAAGCAUACGCAGGACGAGAUCUUCGAGAUCACUGGAGUUCCGCACCGAACUCAGCAGUCGUGGGUCGGCGAGGUUCUGCGCGGGCGGACGAAACAGCCUGGACGCGGCCGCACCGGCCGGCCCUCUGCCAUCGAGGCGAGCGUGGUCCAGCAGAUUAUCGACCACAUCAGCCAGGGCGAUCCCCACAAACCGUGGCAGUGGAUCGACCUACGCGACCAGUUCUGUCCGUGGGUCAAGUGUGCCACAACUGUCAAGAACCAGAUGAACGCCCGCGGCUACUACAAAUGCAAGGCUUGUCAGCGCUUGUAUGUCCACCAGGACGAUCCCAAGAGGUUUGAGUUCUGCGCUCAGCACAUUGGGGAGGGGAACAAGGUCAAGAGGACAACGUUGGCGCAGGAGCCGGAGAAAGACGUGCACAAUGCGCACAACGCGCACAACGCGCACGUCCCGGUGGAACCUCUCAAUCCCAUCGACCCUAUGAUCGAGCAGGGCAACGUUUGCAUGCAUGGGGUGCACCAACCAGUGUACUGA